AUAUGAACAUGAAAAUGCUGGACUUCGAGCAGUUCCUGCCCAUGCUGCAGGCCAUCGCUAAGAACAAGGAUCAGGGUUCCUUUGAGGACUUUGUGGAGGGGCUGCGUGUGUUUGACAAAGAGGGAAAUGGAACGGUGAUGGGCGCUGAGCUACGACAUGUCCUAACUACGCUGGGUGAGAAGAUGACAGAGGAAGAGGUGGAGACGCUCUUGGCAGGACAUGAGGACGCUAAUGGCUGCAUCAAUUAUGAAGCAUUUGUACCCCACAUUAUGGCUGGUUGAGGAGAGGGUACGGAUGG